AUGUACAGCACGAUUGAAGAACCUAUGUCAUCGGAGGAUAAGUUUCAAGAAUUGGUAGACUCACUGAAACCAAGGACCGCUCACCAAUACAAGACCUAUUAUACCAAGUACAUACAAUGGUGCCAGCUUAACCAGAUUAUACCGACGCCGGAAAAAGAUUCUGUAAACAGUGUCCCCUAUAAAGAGCUACCAAUAUCUGCAGAACUAAUACAUUGGUUUCUAUUGGACACACUGAUAACUGAUGAUAACUCUGAAGAGAGAAAAGAAGAGGGAGAAGACGUUGAUGAGGAGGAGGAGAACUCAUUCAAAAUCGCUACGUUGAAGAAAAUCAUUGGCAGCCUUAAUUUUUUGUCAAAAUUAUGCAAAGUGCACAAUAAUCCAAGUGCGAAUAUAGACACGAAAUAUCUGGAACUAGUCACGAAGCUUCACACCCAUUGGCUAGAUUCUCAAAAGGCAAUAACUACCAAUGAAACAAACAACACUAACACUCAAGUGUUAUGUCCGCCCCUAUUGAAAGUGUCCUUAAAUUUGUGGAAUCCGCAAACUAAUCAUCUUUCUGAAAAAUUCUUCAAAACUUGUUCGGAAAAACUCAGAUUUCUAGUGGAUUUUCAAUUCAGAAGCUAUCUGAAUCUUUCAUUCGAGGAAAGGUCAGAAAUACGAUUUGGUUCCCUCCAGGCCGGUCGAAUGGACAAAGAUUCUAUAGUGUAUCACAAGAAAACUUUCUCAACGGAAAACAAAGACGUACCGACUCGUCACCAACUCGUGACAUUAUUACCCCAGGAUUGUCCCUUUAUCUGCCCUCAGACUACAUUAGCGGCAUACUUAUAUCUAAGGUUUUAUGGUAUACCUUCUGUCUCAAAGGGUGAUGGCUUCCCGAAUCUAAACGCUGAUGAAGCCGGCUCGCUUUUACAAGAUCUGCCCAUCUUAAGAGGCAAGUCGUUGACCACUUACCCCAGAGAGGAAACAUUUAGCAACUAUUAUACCACCGUUUUUAGAUACUGCCACCUACCUUACAAAAGAAGAGAGUAUUUUAAGAGAUGCAACCUCGUUUAUCCAACUUGGAAUGAUGAUGUGUAUAAAAAAUUUUUCGAUGAAGAGAACCAUGAAAACUGGUUAGAACAACCUGAGACUUUUGCUUUUCCAGACAAAAUACCAUUUGAUUUUAAAAGAGUCAUGAAUUUCAAAUCUCCAUAUACCUCAUACUCUACAAACCCUAAAAAGGACCCCCUUCCACCCCCGAAAGAUCUAUUGGUUCAGAUAUUUCCUGAAAUCGAUGAAUAUAAAAGACACGGCUAUGACAAUUUGUCCCAGAAUGCAAGGGACUUCCUAGAUUUAAUGGAACGGCUACGGGAAAGACUGUUGAGCAAUCUGCCCUGGAUUUUCAAGUUUUUCCCCAACCACGAUAUAUUCCAGGAUCCAAUCUUUGGGAAUUCGGAUUUCCAAUCAUAUUUUAAUGAUAAAACGAUACACUCAAAGGGUUCUCCCACCCUGCCAUUCGAUAUAUUACCAGGAUUCAAUAAAAUCUAUAAAAAUAAGUCAAAUUUCUACAAUCUUCUAAUAGAGCCGCCUUCGCAGUUGGCUUUGUCAUCGAGUAAUAAUCCGGAUGCACGCUUUUCUCAAAGGGCAGAAUCAGAAGGCCCCUCUCAAAUGACUCAAGCAGAUACUGAGCAUGUGAACGAGUUAUUAAAACAGCAAAGUUUUGAGUUUGUCCAAUUCCAAACACUGUCCAAUUUUCAAAUAUUAUUAUCUGUAUUUAAUAAAAUCUUCGAGAAGUUAGAAAUGAAAAAAUCCUCAAGAGGUUAUAUUUUACAUCAACUCAAUUUGUUCAAGGAUACGUUGAAUGAAAGGAUCAAGAAAUCUAAAAUUGGCGAUUCCGAUAAAUUCAUCCGAGAUAUUCAGCCCAUCAAAAAGGAAGAAACUGCCAUGAAUGGAGAUGUGCCGAAUAAUGUGCGCCGAUCAAAGAAACCAAAACAAAUUAGACUACUCUCAAUUGCGGAUUCCUCCGACGAGUCCUCCACAGAAGAUUCGCAUUUGUUCAAAAAGGAAGGUGAAUCCAAUAAUGGUGGUGACACAGAUGAAGAAAAUGAGGAUGAGAAUGAUCCUGAAAUGCAAGAACAACUGAAAUCCAUGAUAAACGAACUUAUUACUUCCAAGAUAAGCACUUUCUUACAAGAUCAAAUGGGGCAAUUUGAAUUGAAAAUAAACGCUUUACUAGAUAAAAUUCUCGAAGAAAAAGUCACUCGAAUUAUCGAACGAAAAUUUAGUACAGAUGCCACGCCACUUUCAACCUUGAAGAGACCACAACCACAUAUAACAGAGGAAGACAACGUUGUAUUUGACGUGGAAGUCUCGAAAAAGCCUCGAUUUAGUGGAAAGUAUGCAGAACCUGCAGAAGACAAGUAUAACUACCAACCCAUAUCAAGUACAGCAUCGCCGCCUCUAGAACAAGGCCAACGAGUAGAUAGCCAUACUGAUGAACAACUUUUUAUAUUGGACGAUUCUAUAGAUACCAUAGAGGGUAUUAUUCUUGAAUGGUUUACUCCAAACCCCAAGUACGGCAACCAAUGCGUACACUCGAUGAACAAAUCUGGAAAUAAGUUAUGGAGAACCAAUUGCGAAACUUUAUACAAGGAAAGAAAAUCAAUUGUGGAGUUUUACAUUUAUUUGGUCAACCAUGAGAGCCUUGACAGAUACAAGGCGGUAGAUAUUUGCGAGAAAUUACGAGACCAAAACGAAGGCUCUUUUUCCCGCUUGGCAAAGUUCCUGAAGAAGUGGAGACACGAACAUCAUAAUUCAUUUGAUGGGCUGUUGGUUUACUUAUCUAGCUGA